AUGGGUGAAGCGAUGAAAGACCACCAUCUAGAGUCCGUACGCUCCGUGGUGUUUAAAGAAUCAGAAACUCUUGAAGGAUCGUGUUCUAAAAUUGAGGGCUACGAUUUCAAUAAAGGUGUCAAUUAUUCUGAACUUCUCAAGUCCAUGGUUUCCACUGGCUUUCAAGCCUCCAAUCUCGGUGACGCCAUUGAAGUCGUCAAUCAAAUGAUUGGAGGCUAUCAGAUGAGCCUCUGGCGGAGGAUUGCAGCGAAGGGGAAAGAGACCCAUCAUACAGAGGAUCCGUGA